CGGUAGCCGGCAUGCUAGUGGUAGCCGGGAUGCUAACGGUAGCUGAGCUCUCUGCUGUCCGGAAGAGGCGGGCGGUCAGAGGUGACGCACUGCAGCCCCAACAACAACAACCCGGUGGAGACUGCGUGCUGUUCGGGGAAGGCAGGCUGCAGACAACCGGCAAACAGUAGCUGUUCCGUUCUGUCUGAUGGCCGAGCUUUAAAUUAUCCCGCCCCGGUCUGUCAGCAUGGAGGACAUCGUGGGAACCGGGGACCUAAACGCAAACCUGCGGUGGCAGCUUACCGGGGACCCCCAGCUGGACACGGCGGUGCAGCAGUGGUUAGACUGGGACAGGAACCCCUGGACCCGGGCUCAGGUGGACUCUCUGGUGGCAGGGGGUUGUCUGGAUGAGCUGAGGUCCAGACUAUGUGGCCGGAUGAGCUUCGGUACAGCCGGACUCCGAGCACCGAUGGGAGCAGGAUUUAACCGGAUCAACGACCUUACCAUCAUCCAGUCCACACAGGGUUUAUAUGCGUACCUGUGCAGGUGCUUUGCUGACCUCAGCAGCAGGGGAGUGGUUGUUGGAUUCGACACCAGAGGUCAGGAGGAGAGCGGCUGCAGCAGUCUGAGGCUGGCGAAGCUGACGGCUGCUGUGAUGCUCAGCAGAGGCGUUCCUGUUCAUCUUUUCUCCACGUUCGUCCCGACUCCUUAUGUGCCUUACGCCGUGAAGAAGCUUGGAGCAGCAUCUGGGGUGAUGAUCACUGCGUCACACAAUCCAAAAGAGGACAAUGGUUACAAGGUGUACUGGUGUAACGGUGCUCAGAUCGCCUCUCCUCAUGAUAAGGAGGUGUUGCGCUGUAUAGAAGAACAGCUUGAGCCCUGGAACGCCUCCUGCUGGGACGAGAAGCUGGUGGAUAACAGUUCUCUCAGGACCGACCCUCUGACCCAGAUCAACAGCCGCUACAUGGAAGACCUCACUUCCCUCUGCUUCCACAGGGAUCUCAACAGCAGCUGCACGCUAAAGUUCGUCCACUCGUCUUUCCACGGAGUCGGACACGACUUUGUCCAGCGGGCCUUCCGGGUGUUUGGCUUUGCACCCCCCAUUCCCGUCCCUGAGCAGAGAGACCCCGACCCGAACUUCUCAUCAGUUCGCUGUCCAAACCCUGAAGAGGGAGAGUCUGUCCUGGAGCUGUCUCUCGUCUUGGCUGAUCGGGAAAACGCUCGGAUCGUUCUAGCCACAGAUCCUGAUGCGGACCGCCUGGCCGUGGCCGAGCGGUCUGACGGGCGUGGGUGGAAGGUGUUCUCUGGAAACGACCUAGCGGCCCUGUUGGGAUGGUGGAUGUUCUUCAACUGGAAGGAGAACCACCCGGACCCAGCGGACACGGAGAGCGUCUACAUGCUGGCCACCACCGUGUCGUCAAAGAUCCUGCAGGCGUUCGCUCGCAUCGAGGGCUUCCACUUCGAGGAAACACUUCCUGGCUUCAAAUGGAUCGGGAACAGAAUCCACGAGCUCUCCAAAACUGGAAACAGGGUCAUAUUUGCCUUCGAAGAGUCUAUAGGUUUCCUGUGUGGCAGCAUGGUCCCUGAGAAAGAUGGCGUGAGUGCGGCCGUGGUCGUGGCAGAAAUGGCGGCAUACCUGCAGACAAAGAGGUUGAGUCUGAACCAGCAGCUGCACAACAUCUACAGGACGUACGGUUACCAUGUGUCCAAGACCUCCUACGUCACCUGUAACGACCCCCCCACCAUCCAGAGGAUCUUCAGCCGGAUCAGGAACUUCGACGGAGACGACUCGUAUCCGAAGGCGUGCGGCGGCGUGCGGAUCGUCCACGUCAGGGACGUUACCACGGGAUACGACAGCAGCCGGCCCGACCUCAGAUCAACGCUUCCCGUGUCCAGGAGCAGCCAAAUGAUCACCUUCACUCUGCAGAACGGCGUGGUGGCCACGCUGCGCACCAGCGGUACCGAACCAAAGAUCAAGUAUUACACCGAGUUCUGCGCCGCACCGGGACAAAGUGACGUGUCCCAGCUGGAGGAGGAGCUCCGGAAGGUAACGGUCGCUUUGCUGGACGAGUUCCUGGAACCUGACAAGAACCACCUGAUCCGCCGCGUCGUCUAGCUCCGCCUCCUACUUCCUGUGAUGACAUCACUUCCUGUUUGAGUUGCAGCCGCUUUACUGAACUGAACUCCAUUUGACGAUGUUCACCUGAGGGUUUCCUGUCCUCUGAUUGGCCAACGGUCACCUGUCAGGGUGCAGGAACAGUCGGUUCAGAUAUGGAGGUUUAUUGAGGCAUAAAAAACUCAGAUGUUUCUUUAUGUAAAUUAUUAGUUUUUGUUUUAUUUAUUUUUUUAAGAAACGUAAAAACAAUCAGUUUCAGAGGAAAACUAAACCAAACAAUUAUCUGAGUUUAAUCGCAGUUCAUUUGAGAAAUGUGAUUUGGUUCAAAUGUUUUCUGUGAAUUUUCCUCGCUUGAAGACGUCGCCUCAGACUUCAGAUGCUUUAUGAGCUUCAGGCUGAUCUGCAAACCAAACACUGAGGGGAAAAAACCUUCACAGCUGCUGAAUGUUUAUGUGAGAAACUCAGUAACACUUGAUCUUAACCACAUAAAAAAGAUGAUUUAAUAUUAGAAAUUGACAAGUUUGUGCCUAAAAAAAUUAUUUCUGUUAAAAACUUUCUGCCAACUUGUCAGAAAUCAUUUCAGUUAAAAAAAAAAAAAAAAAUCUAGUAAAAUGUUUUCACUAGAUUUACUGUUUCUCAACAAUGCGUAGGAUCUCGUUGGUUGACUCUCACACCAGUGCAUUCUGGGACUCGUAGUGCACUCCUGACCACUUCAGAGCUUUAUAGAACCUGUGUUUCGCUGCUGAAAUAUUUAGUUUUUUUCUGAUAGUAAAAUGAAAACCUGAUUAUUUUCCACCAACUCUGGGCAUAUUUAAGUUUUCCCAGAUAAUAAAUUGUUGUGAAACCAUCUGAAUCUACAGGUUUAAACUGCUCUUGUUUGAAUUUAGAAGCUGAUCUUCCAGUAAAAACAGCAGAAUGCUCCUUUAUCACUGUUCUCGGCUUUAACUAGAUGUGGACAAGUUAUGUAUUUUUCUACUGGCAGAGAUGCAGAUAUAUUUAUGAGGAGCGGGGCUUCCUGCUGUCGAAGACUUUUAUUUUGGUAAAGACUGAGCUUCCUGUCGCAGCGUCACUCCUUUUGUUUCAAUGUAAGCUAAAGUUCUGAUGUUUCUCUGAGCUACAAUAAAAUAUAAAACUCCA